AUGUCCAGAAUCCCGAGGAUUGGUGUCGGCGGGCCGGUGGGCUCGGGCAAGACGUCCCUCAUCGAGUCGCUGGUGCCACUGUUAUUGUCUCAAGGACUCCAGCCGCUGAUAAUUACGAACGACAUAUUCACCCGAGAGGAUGCCGACCAUGCCAAAAAAGCGCUGAACGCCGUGUUUGACACCGGUCGCAUUCGAGGCGUCGCUACCGGAGCCUGCCCGCACACGGCGGUGCGCGAAGACCCCAGCCUGAAUCUAAUAGCCGUGGAAGAGCUGACCAACGCUUACCCUGACUCCGACAUCAUUCUCAUCGAAAGCGGUGGCGACAACCUCACGUUGACCUUCAGUCCCGCGUUGGCGGACUACCAGAUUUACGUCAUCGACGUGGCCGCCGGCGACAAAAUCCCUCGCAAGCGAGGGCAGGGCAUCACUCAAACAGACUUGCUGGUCGUCAACAAAACCGACCUGGCUCCCUACGUUGGCGCCGACCUGGACGUAAUGCGUCGCGACCUUGCCACCGUUCGGGGCCAGCAGCCGUGGUUGUUCACCAACUGCCGCACAGGUGAUGGCCUGGAACCGGUGCUGGCUCAUAUCCUCGAGGCAAUGGAUGCUUCGCCAGCCCGUUAUUGA